UCCGAGGAGCCGCCGCGCCGCCCGGCCCGCGGGGCAGGUAGAGAGACGUAAGUCUCCGCUGAGCGAGAGAAAAGUCUUGACGUUUCCCCUUCUCCAAGAAGAAACCCACAUGUUCUUAGAUUUUGCCUGACGACGACCCUGAGAUAAGAAGCUCCCUAAGCUCCGCGCCGGCACCAUGUUCUGGAAGUUUGACUUGAACACCACGUCCCACGUGGACAAGCUGCUGGACAAGGAGGGCGUGACGCUGCGGGAGCUGAUGGACGAGGACGACAUCCUGCAGGAGUGCAAGGCCCAGAACCGCAGGCUGUUGGACUUCCUGUGCCGGCCGCAGUGUAUGGAGGAGCUGGUGAGCCUGGUCACCCGGGACCCGCCCCUGGACAUGGAAGAGAAGGUCCGCUUCAAGUACCCCAGCACGGCCUGCGAGCUUCUGACGUGCGACGUGCCGCAGAUCAACGACAGGCUGGGGGGGGACGAGGCCCUGCUGGCCCUGCUCUAUGGCUUCCUGGACCACGAGCCGCCCCUCAACCCCCUGCUGGCCAGCUUCUUCAGCAAGACCGCCGGCACCCUCAUCGCGAGGAAGACAGAGCAGGUGGUGGCCUUCCUGAGGAAGAGGGGCCAGUUCGUGGGGCUGGUGCUACGGCACCUGGGCACCUCGGCGCUCAUGGACCUGCUGCUGCGCCUGGUCAGCUGCGCCGAGCCCUCGGGGCUGCGGCGGGAGGUCCUGCAGUGGCUGGAUGAGGAGAAGACGGUGCAGAGGCUGGUGGAGCUGGUCCACCCGAGCCAGGACGAGGACAGGCUGUCCAAUGCGUCCCAGACGCUGUGCGACAUCGUGCGGCUGGGCCGGGAGCAGGGCUGCCAGACCCAGGAGGCCCCGGAGCCCGACCCGCUCCUCGCUGCGCUGCAGUCGCAGGACUGCGUGGAGCAGCUGCUGAAGAACAUGUUCGACGGUCAGCAGACGGAGAGCUGCCUGGUCAGUGGGACGCAGGUGCUCCUGACCUUGCUGGACACCAGGCGGGUCGGGGCCGAGGGCCUGGCAGACUCCUUUUCUCAGGGACUGGACCGGCUGGGCACCGUGAGCACCGGCGUCCUGCAGGGCAUCGAGCCGCGGCUGAAGGACUUCCACCAACUCCUGCUCAACCCGCCCAAGAAAGCGGCGAUCCUGACCACCAUCGGCGUGCUGGAGGAGCCACUGGGCAGCGCCCGCCUGCACUGUGCACGCCUGGUGGCCGCGCUGCUGCACACCAACACGCCCAGCAUCAACCAGGAGCUGUGCCGGCUCAACACCAUGGGCCUGCUGCUGGACUUGUUUUUCAAGUACACCUGGAACAACUUCCUGCACUUCCAAGUGGAGCUGUGCAUCGCUGCCAUCCUGUCCCACGCGCCCCGCGAGGACCGAGUGGAAGCCAGGGGGCCCGAGAGCGUGACGGGGCCUCUGCCUGAGCCCGGGGGCCUCGAGGCGCCCCCACCCGCUCCUGCUGGCUGCCCCGAGAACAUGAUGGUCACCCAUCUCUUCCAGCAGUGCUGCUUAGUCCAGAGGAUCCUGGAGGCCUGGGAGGCCAACGACCACACACAGGCAGCCGGCGGCAUGAGGCGUGGAAACAUGGGCCACCUCACUCGCAUCGCCAACGCUGUGGCACAGAACCUGGAGAGGGGGCCCGCGCAGACCCCCACCAGUGAGGCCAUCCGAGGGCUCCCCGCGGACUGCCGCGGGCGCUGGGAGAGCUUCGUGGAGGAGACGCUGACCGAGGCCAACCGCAGGAACGCCGUGGACCUGGUCAGCACCCACCACCUGCACCCCUCGAGUGAGGAGGAGGACAUGGAGGGCGUGUUCCCUAACGAGCUGUCCCUUCAGCAGGCGUUCUCCGAGUACCAGGUCCAGCAGAUGGCCGCCGCCUUCGUGGACCAGUUCGGCUUCAACGACGAGGAGUUCGCGGACCAGGACGACAGCGUCAACGCCCCGUUUGACAGGAUCGCGGAGAUCGCCUUCCGCGUGGACGCCGCCGAGGACGGCCCCAACGCCGCCCUGUUCGAGGCCUGCUGCGGCGACCGCAUCCAGCCCUUCGACGACGACGACGAGGACGACAUCUGGGAGGACAGGGACGCGCCCCGCGCCGCCCGCGCGACGGCCAGAGCCAGGUUUGGGGGUGUCCGGGUCUCUGAGAGCGGCUCCAAGAACGGCCGGGAGGGGAGGGGGAGCGCGGAGGCGGACGCUCCCGGCCGGAAGGACGGGCCCCGCGCGGAGAGCGGCUCGGAAGGCGCCGCCUGGACGGCCUCGGAGCAGCCGGCAGGGCCCCCGGCGUCGGCCCCGGGCGCGGCCCCCGCGGAGACGGGCUGGGCCGCCUUCCCCGACCUGCAGCCCUUCUGCUGCGCCGAGUCGGGGCCCCGGUGCAGCUCCCCGGUGGACGCAGGCAGCGCCGACCCGCGGGCCGGCCCGGAGCCGGGCGCAGCGCGCGCGCGCGGCCGCGCCCCCCCGAGCGCCUGGAGCGCGGGGGUCCCCGGGAAGGCGCCCGCCGCGGCCGCGGCCUCCGGCGGCGGCGACGGCCCCGAGCGGACGGCGGCUGCGGCCCCCGAGGCCGGCGGCGCGGGACCCGGCCGGGAGGCUCCGCCGCGGCCCGCGGCGGCCCCGAGGGCGCCCGCGGACGCGACCUCCCCGGGGCCCGCCGCGCCCCCCAGCCCCGCCGGCGCCUCCCCGGGGCCCGCGGCCAAGGACAGGCCGGAGGCCCCAGGCUGGCCCGCGCGGCCCCCGUAG